AUGCGUGCCCUGCUGCUUCUCUGUGUGCUGAUGAGUCUGUCUGCAGCACCGGGCCCGGUGGCCGGAGCGGACAGAAGCUGCGCCGACCUGCGGCAGUUCUACACCGGGAAAGGGUUCACUCUGGCAGGGGUACCUCAGACCGAAAUCUCCGGUGAACAUCUGAGGAUGUGUCCCCAGGGCCCGACCUGUUGUACCAGCACCAUGGAGGAGAACCUUGCUGGUCUGAGCACACGGGAGACUGAGGGACUGAUCAGAGAGGCUGGCAGGUCGCUACAGGCUGUCUUCAACGGUCUCCACAGGAGCUUUGACACCUAUUUCACUGAACUGCACAGACGUUCUGAGCGCUCCCUGCAGGAGGCGCUGUCUCCCCUCGGCCCCCUGUACUCACAGAACACCCGUCUCUAUGGAGAUCUUUAUACAGACCUGCGACAGUACUACAGGGGCUCCGCUCUCAACUUGGACGAGACCCUGUCAGAAUUCUGGUCCCGUCUCCUGGAACGCACCUUUAAAAGCUCCACCCCAACAGAUGUCAACAUUUCAGAAGACUAUCUUGAAUGUGUUGCUAAGCAACAAGAGACGCUGCGACCAUUUGGAGACGUCCCAAGGGACAUGAAGAUGAAGGUGAUCCGGGCUUUUGUCACAGCUAGGUCAUUUAUCCAGGGCCUAGUAGUCAGCGGAGAUGUGGUCAGGAAGGUCUCCCAGGUUUCUCUGAGUCCAGAUUGUGGAAAGGCCCUGAUGAAGCUGGUUUACUGUCCUCACUGUCGCGGCAUGGCCUCCGUCCAACCCUGCUCCAGCUACUGCUCCAACGUCAUGAAGGGUUGCCUUGCCAACCAAGCUGACCUCGACACCGAGUGGCAGAAUCUUAUAAACACCAUGAUCCAGGUGGCAUCUAGUUUCAGUACGGAGCCCAGUCUGGAUGUGGUUCUCUCCUCCAUCCCCGUUCGAAUCUUUGACGCUGUGCACUACCUUCAGGAAAACAUGGACACAUUCACAGCAAAAGUGUACCAGACAUGUGGAACUCCAGGUGAACCAGGCACAGGAAGCCCCUCGCUACACGAGCAAAGGAAGAAGAGUGGCUCGCUGACUGCCUCGGAGUACAAACCCUCCCCCACUGCUGGACUCAGACUGGAGAUGCAGGUGUCAGAUCUCUCCAGCAAGCUGAGGGAAAUGCGCCAGUACUGGCUCCAGCUCCCUGUCGAACUUUGCAGAAAAUUGGCAGAUGGAAGUGAUAAGGAUAAAUGCUGGAAUGGCAUUACCAAAGCCAGGUACCUUCCAGAGGUGAUGGGUGACGGCUUGGCCAAUCAGAUCAACAACCCAGAGGUGGAGCUUGACAUCACCAAGCCAGACAUGACCAUCCGGCAACAGAUCAUGCAACUCAAAAUUAUGAGCAAUAGGCUGAAAAAUGCACUGGAUGGCAAUGACGUGGAUUUCCAGGAUGCAAGUGAUGAUAUCAGCGGCUCAGGAAGCGGUAUGUGCGUAGGUGGUCAGUGUCCUCGGAGCAGACCGGGAUUGUACCCGCCAGACAACAACAGAGUCAGAGGUGCAGCCACAUCUCAAACCUGCCUCCAUAGCCUCCUCUUCCUGCUCCCAUUGGCCAUCCUGCUGCUUCAGCGAUGA